CGCGAUUCUGAAACGUCCGAAAGCGACACGACGCGCAGCCUGGUUGGUCUACCAUUCUGCCACACCACCCUCGAGCCAGAGCAUCCCUUGCACCGCACACCACCUAACAUGUCAAGCGCGGUGCCCAUGAGCUCUAGCGGCUUGGCGCAGAUGCUGCGCGCUCAGCGUCCCAGGCUGCGGAUUGCUAGCAGGGAUGUUCUGUGCUCGCAACACGGACGGCGGCCGGCGCCUUGCCUAACAAGCUCAGCGCCAGUCCGAGCCGCGUCUACGUCGUCCGAUGGUCAGAAUAGUGGGCCAGGACAGCAGCACAAGGAGGAGCAGCACCGGGGCAUCACCACCAGCAGCGGCAGUAACAGCAAUGCAAAAAGCAAAGGCAGCUGGGCGUCGACGAUGGGCAAAGAGGAGGAUCCCAAGUGGGCGCGUCAUCGAUCUCAAUUCAACGUGGACCCCUUCGCAGAGCGUCCUUCUGCCGAUCACUACUCUUUCCCGCUGGUCGACGCGCAGCAGCUGGCCGAUCGAGCUGCGAACAAAGACUCGCCAGCGGAUAAUCCCAGACCUCGACGAGUGAGGAUGCUGGCGCGAGAUUUCAUCGACGACAGCCUCUACAAUCCCGUCUACGGCUACUUUUCGCGGCAUGCUGUUCUCCUCCCUGACCCGUCGUCUGCCCCUUCGAGUGGAGAAGUGGGCGCCGUCUCGGAGCAAAAGGGUACCGGCAGCUCGUCUUCGCGCUCAGGCUUCCAUUUCGCCGAAUUUUCCAACGAUCGAGAAUUCUCUGCUGCCGUGGAAGCUCGCUACUUGGCCUUCGAAGUUACGCUGCCUUUGGGCCCUUCUAGCCCAUCGUCUCGUCACGCCAAAUUCCAUCCGUCUUCCCUUUCUGCUCUCGGCUCGUCCGCUGCAGCGGCCCAGCUGGCACGCGCCAGACCGCGCGACCAAACACAAGACAAGUCAAGCCCCAAAUUCAGAGUUGGUAGCGCUGAGGACUUGGAAGAGAGGCAGAGGAGGGGAAGAGAGCAAGUAGCGAGGCAAGCUCAAGCUGAGAGAGAUAGACAAUUGGGAAUCAAGAAGGAUCAUGAAGAAAGCCACGAGGCUGACGUGAGGGCGAUGGCUGCCAGGCAAGUAUGGCACACUCCCACCGAGCUCUUCAAGCCACACUACGCUCAAGCGGUUGCGCGGUACCUCUGCGCUGAGUACAAGUUGACGCUGUACCCCUACGAAGAUCUAGUCAUCUACGAGCUAGGAGCCGGAUCGGGAGCUUUGGCUCACGACAUUCUGGCCUACUUGAGAGACGAAGAACCAGACGUGUUUCAAAGAACGCGCUACGUAAUCUCAGAGAUCAGCGAGAGGCUGUCGCAACAGCAAAAGGCGAAGUUGAAACCUUUUGCCGGCAAAGUCAGAGUGGCGAACCAAAAUUUCCUAGAGUGGAAGGACCCUGUACUCGCCCCUUGCUUUGUCAUCGCCCUCGAGGUCCUUGACAACCUCACCCACGAUGUCGUGCGUUACAGCACAUCGACCCUGCAGCCUUAUCAGGGUCUAGUCUCCAUCGACGCCACAGGCGAUAUGGAAGACUUGUACGAGCCAGUACGAGAUCCGCUCAUCUCGCGAUACUUGCAGCUCUCGCGAGCCGUGCGAGGCACAGCGGUGCCCAUCUCUGCCCCGCGCCAUCUCACAUCGCUGCCAUCCAGUAUUCGCAAGGUGUUGAGCGAGCACUUUCCCCUUUAUCCCAACCUCACGCCUCCACAGUACAUACCCACUGGUCAAUUGCGCCUCUUGGACGUGCUCAGGUCCAAAUUUCCUCAGCAUCGUCUAAUCGCUAGCGACUUUCACUCUCUGCCGGACGCCAUAGAAGGGGUGGAUGCGCCGGUGGUGCAGACCAGGCUCAACGGCACAAUGGUACCGGUGACAACGUUCAAAGUGCUGCAAGGCUUCUUCGACAUUUUCUUUCCAACCAAUUUUCAGAUGCUCAGAGACAUCUACACGCGUGUCAUGAGCGAUCAUUUCCCUUCUCAGCCGCCGCAAGAUCAAGAUGCAAUAUCCCAUUCUGCUCCCACCUUUCGACCAGACUUUUUCUACAGCUCGGCAAGAGCGAGCAGAGGCAGGGCGCAGAGGGUCAAGAUUCUCACACAUGCUCAAUUUCUAGAACAAUACGCACAAGUCGAUCAGACUAGACUUCGGGAUGGUUCCAAUCCGCUGUUGGGAUGGUACCAAAAUGCCAGCUGGAUCCUGACUUGACCUUUAGGUGUAUAAAUGCGAUAUAUUUCCACAAAAUAACGAUCCGGUCGCUCAGGGAAUAGGGUGACAAAAUGCGGACAG